AUGGAAGGUUUGGCUUCACUCAAUGCUCCCUUUCAGGCCACUCUAUUCCUCUCUUCAAGACCCAGAACCUUGAAUCCUCCGACUCAAGUCAAUUCUUUUAAAAGAAACUCCUUUUCAACAUUUUCUGUUCGAGCACAGGUGGAUUCUACUGAUGGUUCAGCUGCAGUAUCCACAUCUGGUGAAUCCGUGACUGAGACUCUCAAAAUUAAGGAGUGGGAGGUAGGCAUGUUGCAAAAUGAGGUUGCAUCUAGCCAGGGCAUAAGAAUAAGGAGAAGGCCACCAUCUGGACCCCCUUUGCAUUAUGUAGGACCCUUUCAAUUCAGGUUGCAGAAUGAGGGCAAUACACCCCGAAACAUUUUGGAAGAGAUUGUGUGGAACAAGGACACAGAAGUCUCACAACUUAAAGAAAGAAAGCCCCUCAGUGUUCUGAAGAAAGCUCUCGAAAAUGCACCUCCUGCGAGGGAUUUUAUUGGUGCUCUAAGGGCUGCAAAUGAACGAACUGGACUGCCGGGGUUGAUUGCUGAAGUGAAGAAGGCAUCACCAAGUAGGGGUAUCUUGAGAGAAAACUUUGAUCCAGUUGAAAUUGCUCAAUCUUAUGAGAAGGGCGGAGCAGCAUGUCUAAGUGUUUUGACUGAUGAAAAGUAUUUUAAGGGAAGCUUUGAAAAUCUUGAGGCAAUAAGAAAGGCUGGAGUAAAGUGCCCUUUGUUGUGCAAAGAAUUCAUAGUAGAUGCAUGGCAACUCUACUAUGCUCGAACUAAAGGUGCAGAUGCUGUCCUUUUAAUUGCUGCUGUUUUGCCUGAUCUUGACAUCAAAUACAUGAUUAAGAUAUGCAAGUUACUUGGACUAACUGCACUUGUUGAGGUCCACGAUGAGAGGGAAUUUGAUCGUGUUCUUUCAAUAGAGGGGAUUGAGCUUAUAGGCAUUAACAACCGUAAUCUUGAAACAUUUGAGCUGGAUAUUAGCAUCACAAAGAAGCUUCUUGAAGGAGAGCGAGGCAAAAUAGUCCGUGAGAGAGACAUAAUUAUGGUUGGAGAAUCUGGUCUGUUCACCCCUGAAGACAUUGCCUAUGUUCAAGAAGCAGGUGUCAGAGCUAUAUUGGUUGGAGAAUCUAUUGUGAAACAAAGUGAUCCUGGGAAAGGAAUCAGCAAUCUCUUUGGCAAAGAUAUCUCUAUUUGA